CGCGGGCCUAUUCGCGUCGGCGUCCGUGCCGCUCCCACUCACUGUCGGCCUGUCUGGCUGGCUGCCGGCCGGCCAUCUUCCUCCCUCCCCACCCCAGAUUCCCUCGCCUCGCCGCCGCCGCCGCCGCACUCCCCGCACUUGACUCCCCCACGCGCGCGGCAUUCCGCAUCGGCGGGCGCAUCCGCCUCCGCGCAUGGCAUGGCAACCCCGGGGUCCACCACCACCUGCGCAAUCUCCUCCGCGCUGGCGCACCCGCCGGCGGUGCUCGACUACGCGGCGGUCCACUCGUGCCUGCUCGGCGGCGACGCGCGGCUCUCCCUCCCGCUCCUCACGCUCCUCCUCCUCCUCCACUUCCGCCUCCUGGCCGCCGCGGCCUCGGCGCGCUUCACCCCGGCGGUGUCCCGCCUCGCCGCGCGCCUGCGGCUCUCCCCGUCCAUGGCCGCCGUCACGCUGCUCGCGCUCGGCAACGGCGCGCCCGACGCGUUCGCCUCCGCCGCCGCGCUCGGCGGGCCACGAGGGAUGCCCAGGGCCGGGCUCGCCGCCAUCCUCUCCGCGGGCGCCUUCGUCUCCGCCUUCGUCGUCGGGGCUGUUGCGCUCAUCGCCGCGCCCUUCGCUGUCCCGCCGGCGUCGUUCGCGCGUGACGUCUUCUUCUACCUCGUCGCUGCGUCGGGGCUGUUCUAUGUCUACCUCAGCGCUGAGAUCUUCCUCUGGCAGGCUGUUGGGCUCGUGCUCUUCUAUGCUUUCUUCGUGGGGCUAGUGUUCUACAUGGAUUUGGGUAGCGCGGAGGGGAAAGCGGUCAGCGCCGCGGCAGCUGAGCUGGAGAUGGUGAGUGGCAGUGGCCGUGUGGCCGUGGACCUGCCGAUCACAGUGGAGGAUCGCCGGCAACAACGACACCCUGCUUUUUGUGCGUUGCUCUGGAAGGUAACAGAAGUUUGGGAGUGGCCCAUUGCAUUUGUUCUGAAGCUUACAAUACCAUCAACCCUUCCUUCUGAGUGGAGCAAAGUUUACAUCAGUGCAAAUAUAUGUCUGUGUCCUCUCUUAGUUCUGUAUUCUUUCAGUUCGUUCAUUCCUCUAGAUACCCGAAUAGUGUUUCUUCUCCCUCAAAUCCGUUUCCCUCUAUGGUCUGUUGUGCUUUUCGCUAGCUUUUGUUUAGCUCUAUCCCAUUACCUUUUCGAGAAAGAAGCCCCAGAAACAGAAAACAUUGCAAGCACCAUCAUCUCUUUUAUUAUGAGUGUCUUCUGGAUCUCGACCAUGGCUGGAGAGCUCCUGAACUGCCUUGCCGCAAUUGGAGUCAUCAUGGAUUUCCCUCCAGCUAUACUCGGGAUGACAGUUUUGGCAUGGGGGAACUCUGUGGGAGACCUUGUUGCAGAUGUAGCGCUGGCCAAGGCUGGGCAACCUACAAUUGCCAUCGCUGGCUGCUUUGCUGGUCCGAUGUUCAAUAUGCUGGUUGGAUUGGGAACUGCCCUUGUAGUACAAACAGCAAGAGUGUAUCCCAGGGCUUUUGUACUUGAAUUCCAUGUUGGAAUUGUCGUUGCAUUUGUGUUUCUUCUUCUGAGCUUGAUGGGCACCCUGUUGGUGGUCACCUGGGCUAGGUUUCGGGUACCCAGAUUUUGGGGCUACUGCCUUAUGGGUAUAUACAUCUUGUUUACCAUAGUCAGUAUUGCCAUUGCAAGUUCUUCAGGAUGAUAUAUGUGAUCUCUUUUGUGAAGAUAGCUGCUCCUAGGUUGUUGUAUGUAUUUAGCAUUUGCAUUUUGUCAGGUUGAUGCAUUCGGUGAAAACUAUUCAUGAGAUAUCAUCUGCCUGGCCAUGUUGUCUAAUCUUAAUGUAUAGAAUUGAGAUAUUUCAUUGCAAAGUUUAUUGAAGUGGCACGGUUGGUAGGAUGUUA